GCGCCAUUAUUUCCGGGUACGGCGGAAGCUACAAGUGUUUGCUGGAAAUCCUUCCGAAGAUGGAGACUUUAACCGCGGGACAUAUGAUGAGCUUAGCUGCUCUACAGAGACAGGACCCUUACAUUAACAAGCUGCUAGACGUUACCGGUCAGGUAGCUCUUUACAACUUUAACUCCAAAGUGAACGAAUGGGAGAAAACUGAAAUCGAGGGAACUUUGUUUGUUUAUUCCAGGUCGGCCUCCCCUCAUCAUGGCUUCACCAUCAUGAAUCGAUUGAGCACAGAGAACCUUGUGGAGCCCAUUAAUAAAGAUCUGGAAUUCCAGCUGCAGGAUCCCUUCCUGCUCUACAGGAAUGGCAACUUGGGCAUCUAUAGUAUUUGGUUCUAUGAUAAGCAGGACUGUCAACGCAUCGCCCAGCUGAUGGUCAAGAUUGUGAAGCAAGAAGCGGACCACGCCCUGAGACAGAGUCCAGAGAGGGUAGAUCCAGGGAGAACCAAUGGAGUGGCAGAACCCAGACCAAUCGACAUCCUGGAGCUGCUCAGUAAAGCCAAGGAGGAGUACCAGAGGGCCCAGAGUGGAGAAACAGACGCGUCUGCAGAGUCCAACGUAAAAACAAGCAUUAGCAAAGCUCCAGAACCUGGACCCAACACACAUCCAGCUGAAAAGAGCUCUCAUACCAUGGUGAAGCAGAUCACUGUUGAGGAGCUCUUUGGUUCUCAGCUCCCUAAAGAACCUUCUGCACAGAACGCCACUUCUUCCAGUGACCUCCCAAACACCUACGUGCAGAAACAAUCAUAUCCCGCUGCUCCUCACCAAAGUCCGCUGCUCACGCAGCAAUUCUCAACCCAUGAGGCUGCCUCCAGCCAGCAGCCUCACAGACAUGGUUCAAUUCCUGCCCCUUACACACUUAAUCCCAGUCCUGUCUUCAAAUCUGUGGUUCCGAUGCCCGACCCACAGCCUCACUGCUCCGUCUCUCCUCUUCUGAUGGCUUCAGAGCAUCAAAAUACCCUCACUUCACCCACAGCAUCUUCAGCAGCCUUUCUAGGACAAGACAUGGUUAGUCCCCUGAAAGCAGCGGCUUCAUCUGUGAAUUCAGGAAUCCACAAACCCAUCCUUGCCCCCAGCUUCCUGCCAAGCACUCUGGUUCCUCCUCACAGCUUCCAGGAGCCCAAGAAGGAUGUUUUCUCUCAGCCUCCGAGUCUGAUCCCACCAAUCUCUGCUAUUCCUAUGAGCCCUGGUCAUGCUGUUCCUGGCUCAGAAACUUCAGUGCUACUGUCGCCUAGUGUUUUCCAACAGACUGUUAAUAAAACCACCACAGUCCCAGUGAUCCCGUCAGCUCCUCCGGAUCUAUCAUCUGCUUCAGGAAGAGCUGCAGACCCUCUGCAGGCCCCCUGCAGUAAAACACAGCUGCAGGAGACUCUGAUACACCUCAUAAAGAAUGACUCAGACUUCCUCAGUGCCAUUCAUGUCGCCUACCUGCAGAGCGUUUCCAAGGACUUCAGCAACAUGAAGCUGUAGUCCCACUUCAAGCAGAAAGCAUUUCAGAGCUAAAGCUUCUUUAUGGCUGCAGCUGACUGUGGGAGAAAACAGAAUGGAGGAGAAAUGUUUGUGACGCUCUGCACGCAAGUUUUCCUCACCGCUGGUUUGUGUGCCGAGGAUUAUCACGGGAAAGGCUGCACUGGAAUCUCCUAUUGCCCUGAAUGCGUCCGUAAAGAACUGUGAGAAAACAGAUGGGAGAAUGUUUCUCUAUACUUUCCAAAUAUGCUGAAUCUGGUUUAACCAAUGGCCGCCUUUUUGAAGAAAUCCAAUGAAUUGGUGGACAGGAAGGAACAUGGCGAACAUUUGGUGGCACUAAAUACUUCAUGAAUUUUGGAGAGAUGGAAAAAAAGCUGCAGGAUUAAGGUCCUUUUAUUGUUAAACCAUCAUCAUUGGGAUCCUGUGAAAAACAACACAAAACACUCACGCCUUUAAAAAGAAAUACGUUUAUUUUUAUUUGGUAAACCAGAAGGUGACACAGAAGCUUGGGUAUUUUUAGUUAAAUAUUUUCUAAUUUAUUUUCAAUUUUUGUGGCAUUUUAGGAUUUCUUUUCAAGCCUUUUCUGAUGAAUAACCACUUGGGGCUUAAAACCUAAAUCAGUCUGUGAGCUAUUUCUUUAUGUUACAGGUGGAAUAUAUUUGAAAUUUCUAAUCACACAAAGCCCCCAUAUUUGCGUCCAUUCUUUCCUCCAAAUGUUCCUGUAUCCUUUAUUUUUCACUCUUAUCGUUGCGUCUCCUCCACCAGCUGAGCUCACAGUACUUCAUCUCCAUGGAGGGACUUGUGCAAUACACACCAGCACUGUGGGAUACUUUAGGGCGGUACUACAGGAAGAAAUUUUUAUGAAUUUAAAUAUCUUGUGCAAAAUGAAAAAAAAAAUCAGGUUGGUGUAAAUUCUGGAUUCCUGUUUACAUUAAUCUAUUAAUAAUCAAAAUACUAAAAAAAAAAAAAGGAAAUGAGUUUUCUUAUUUUUUCACUCAUUUAUCCUCGCUAAACUAGCUGUUAAAGUUUGGAUUAUAAAAUGUAAACAACCUUGGUUUAUUGUUUACAGCAAUUUUCAAGGAAAAAAAAUUCAGUUGGGUUCUUUAUUAUUUCUUGCAGUAAGAUACUACUGCAGCACAUCUACUGCUGAAUCCUGCAGAGCCAGCUAAGGCAGGAAAGGGCACAUCCAAUGUCGAAGGCACAAACAACUUUAUUUUGCAUAUCUGUUUUAAUACAGAAAGGAUUUCUAUUCGUCACAACAUGGUAGACAUGUAGAGGAUCCUUACACCUUUCAAACAGGAGCUUUUUGUAGGCCGUAUUUACAGAACCCUCAGUGAAACAAGGUAUUUUUGUAAACGGUGUGAAAGGCGGUUUUGUUUUUUCUUACUCUUUUUGUUUGCCUUUUUUUUUUUUUUAUCUGAAAUAUGUUUGAAUAAAUGGAAAAUAGAUAAACUGCUGCAUACAGCACCCUAUACAUUUAUUGGCACCCGUAAGCCUAACUUUAAACAACUAAAUGUAUAAUUCUUUUUCUUCUUUUACAAAAUUACAAGUGCCAUUCUUGUUAUUGACCAACAGUUACUGCAAAACCCAUAAGGCUUUUAUAAUCCUCUACACUUGUAUUGAUUAGUGUCCUUUUCCUUAGU